AUGAAUAUGAAUAACACGAAAGGAAAAAAUGCGAAACGAGGCGCUACAAAGGCCCCGUCGACAAGAGAUGUCGGACCUUCAGUCCGCAUCUGCCAACUUAAUAUAGAAGGCAUAAGCCGAUCCAAAUCUGACUGCUUAUCUAGAAUUAUUAAUAAUUUGGACAUUGACGUAGUGCUACUACAGGAGACACACGCUGCAAAUGAAUUACAACUCACUCGCAGAGGCGAGCUUGCUGGAUAUAAUCUGGUAGCAGCCACAUACCACGCUCAAUACGGUACUGCCACAUACGUCCACCACUCAAUCUCGCAAUCGACCGUUGUCAUCUCCAAUAGUAUAGACCAUGAGAACAUUGCUGUGACCUCAAUCGAGAUAGCCCAAACGAAAAUAUGCAAUAUUUACAAACCACCUAAAAGCCGUUGGCCUGAGCCCGCACUACCAGAGCUACAACAUCCAUCAGUGUAUAUGGGAGACUUCAACAGCCAUCAUACCUCCUGGGGCUAUAAGGAUAUUGACGAGAACGGCAAAGACAUCAUGGAGUGGGCGGAUAAAACAAAUGCAUUCCUGGUCCACGACAACAAAACUAAAGGCUCCUUCAAAUCUGCUCGAUGGAAUCGAUGCUACAAUCCUGAUCUGGUGUUUACUUCCAAGGAUGAGAACAGCCUUCCUGUACCGGCAAAGAAGUCAAUUCUUGAUGACUUCCCAAAUAGCCAUCAUCGACCUAUCCUUCUAGAAAUCGGAUUAAAAAUUCCUUUAGUUCAAUCCUACCCAGGUCCUCGAUGGAAUUUCCAAAAGGCCGACUGGAACCAAUAUGCACAAAAACUGGACGAGAGAAUCAGAUGGAUCGAGCCGCAAAACAGUGCGUUCCUCGAGGGUAUAGGAAAGAGUACGUCCCGUGCUGGAGUAGGGAGACUGAAGAGCUUUGGCAGGAGUUUCAGGAGACGGCCGAUAGAAACACAGCCCACCAGCUUAUAA